AUGGGCGGCGGAGGAGAAUUGAGGAGCCAGAGCUCCUACCCUGUCUUUGUCAACGAGCCUGUUGGUGUGCCCAAGACGAGCAUCCUGAAGGAUCGCAUCGAAUUGCUCUACAGGUCGGAGCAAUAUCGCAAGGUCAACUUGCUCGCCAACCUGUACAAUGGCAGGUUCUCAGGCAAGCCUCAUGUGAAGCUCUACGUCUGGAGCGCUCCUGGCCAGGAUCGACCUAGCUUCGACGAGGCCGUGUCGCAUGAAUUCAAGGAGACUCAUACGGGCGCCGCCUUUGGACCGUCAUGGACCACCCAUUGGUUCAGGGUUCACCUCACCGUGCCCAAGGAGCUCGUCGACGAAGAGCUUGUGGUCUUCGAGUGGGACGCCAACAACGAAGGCCUCGUCUGGUCCGACGACGGCAUGCCGCUGCAGGGCCUCACCGGCGGCGGCGACCGCAUUGAGUGGAUCAUCCCCAAGUCUUUCCGGGACGGCAAGGAGCAUGUCAUCUACAUCGAGAUGGCUUGCAAUGGCAUGUUUGGAUGCGCGCCGAAUGGCAAGGACGCCAACGCUCCGCCGGACCCCAACAAGUACUUCGGCCUCAGCACCGCCGACAUCGCCGCCGUCAACGUGCCUGCUCGCAUGCUCCAUUUCGACAUGUGGGAGCUUGGUGACGCAGCCCGUGAGCUCCCCGAGAAUUCGGCAGAGCAGAACCAGGCUUUGACAGUCGCCAUGAAGAUCAUUGACACCUUCAAGGUCGAUGAUCAAGAAUCCAUCCUGGAGUGCCGGAAACUCGCCCAGGAAAUCAUCGGGCCGGACGUUGAUUCGCACCGGGUGUACCAGGUCGGCAAGGAGCCAGUUGUGUUCGGCAUUGGCCAUUGCCACAUUGACACCUGUUGGCUGUGGCCAUGGGCGGAGACCAAGCGCAAGGUGUGCCGCUCGUGGUCGAGCCAGUGCGACUUGAUGGACCGCUAUCCCGAAGCGCACUUUGCCUGCUCUCAGGCACAGCAGUUCAAGUGGCUCAAGCAGUUCUACCCUCGAGCCUUUGACCGCGUGCGCAAGAAGGUCGCCGAGGGCCAGUUCCAUCCCAUCGGCGGUAGCUGGGUUGAGCAUGAUACCAACAUGCCCAGCGGCGAGUCCCUUGUCCGUCAGUUCUUCUACGGGCAGCGAUUCUUCGAGGCCGAAUUCGGGGCUCGUUGCCGUACCUUCUGGCUGCCCGAUACCUUUGGAUAUUCGAGCCAGCUGCCACAGCUUUGCCGCUUGGCGGGCAUGGAUCGCUUCAUGACCCAAAAGCUUAGCUGGAACAACAUCAACAACUUCCCACACACCACGUUCAUGUGGGUGAGCCCUGAUGGCAGCCAGGUCAUCUGCCACAUGCCCCCGUCGGAGACUUACACGUCCGAUGCCAAUUUUGGAGAUCUUAAGAGAAGCAUUUCCCAGCACAAGACACUGCGCGUGGAUAACUCGUCGCUUCUCGUCUUUGGCAAGGGAGACGGCGGCGGCGGCCCAACCUGGCAGCACUUUGAGAAGCUCAGGCGCUGCGCCGGUAUCAGCAACACCAUUGGCGGCAUUCCGAAGCUUAAGCUCGGCCUCACCGUUGAUGAUUUCUUCGACCGCCUGACACCCAAGGUCAAGGACCUUCCAACGUGGUACGGCGAGCUGUACUUCGAGCUGCACAGGGGAACCUACACCACACAGGCGAACAACAAGCUCUUCAACCGCAAGACUGAGGCUAUGAUUCGUGACAUCGAACAGCUCGCCACGUUCGCGUCCAUCAGGAACAAAUCCUACAAGUAUCCCACUGAGGAGAUUGACGGCAUGUGGGAGGCUGUUCUACUGUGUCAGUUCCAUGACUGCCUGCCAGGUAGUUCCAUUGAAAUGUGCUAUGAUGAUUCGGACAAGCUCUAUGCAGAAGUGUUCAAGACCGGAAAGAAGCUCCUGAAGGAGCUGUACGAGGCUCAUAAUGCUUCUGAAGUGCAAAAGGGCUCCUUGGCCGAAACCGUCGUCGUCAACACGCUGCCCUGGCAUCGCAAGGAGAUUGUUGAAGUCAGCGAGACGGAGGUCGGCAUUGCUUGUGGUGACGGCCAAAUGUUGCCCGUCCGCACGUUCAAGGUGCAAGAGGACAAGCCCGCUGUGACUGUGACUGAGAAGCACGACGAGUUCGUUCUGGAGAAUGACAACCUGCGGGUCACCGUCAAACAGGGUGCCAUUACGUCACUCUUCGACCGUGUCAACGACCGCGAGGUCAUUGACCAGGGAGGGUCGGCGAACAAGUUCGUCAUUUUCGAUGACAUUCCUCUCUACUGGGAGGCCUGGGAUGUCGAGGUCUAUCACCUCAAGACGAAGCGCGACCUGCAGUACGGCGAAACCAGAGUUCACGAGAACAAACCGCACAAGGUCACCUUGGUCACCGACAUCAAGAUCAGCGAGGAAAGCUCCCUCAAAUCGUACAUUACCCUCUCGGCCGCGAUCAAGGGCCAGCCAUCCCAGAUCAACUGCUCGGCCGAGGUUGACUGGCGCGAGAACUCCAAGUUCCUCAAGGUCGAGUUCCCUGUCGAUAUUGUUAACACCGAGGCUUCGUACGAGACGGCCUACAGCAUCACCAAGCGGCCCACGCACUACAACACCAGCUGGGACAUGGCCAAGUUUGAGGUCUGCUGCCACAGGUUCGCCGACCUGUCGGAGCACAACUACGGCGUGUCCAUUCUCAACGACAGCAAGUACGGUUUCGCCACCGCCGGCAAGACGAUGCGCCUGUCUCUGCUCAAAUCCUCCAAGUCCCCAGACGAGCACGCAGACAUGGGCCACCACUCAAUCCGAUGGGCCAUUUUCCCUCAUCAGGGCUCCCUGUCAUCGGCCACGGUCAAGGCCGCGUACGCCUUCAACAACCCGCUCAAGGCACUCUCUGCCUCCAAGGCAACUGUGGAGAGCCUCACCGGCGCACCGGUCAAGGUCGUCAGCCUUGACGAGUCCGACUCUGUGAUUCUGGACACGGUGAAGCGCGGCCACGACGACGAGGACGUCAGCAGGCGCGAGGGCCUCCGCGUGAACAAGGGCAAGAGCGUGAUCCUGCGCUUCUACGAGUCCCUCGGCGGCCACAGCCGGGCGACCAUCAAGACGCAGUUCAACGUCAAGCGGGUGACAAAGGUGAACCUUCUCGAGGACGAGCUGGAGGAGAUCAAGCACGCCGAGGGAGACUUCGACAUUAGGCUGCGGCCGUUUGAGGUGGCCACGUACAAGGUCCAGCUUUAG